AUGUGUUUCCAAGAUUAUUUGAAACAAACAAUGAAAAAAACCGAAUUGGUGACUAUAUUUAUAACAUUACUGAUUUUCAUCCGCUUUCUAAACACAGGUUUACAUGCAAUAAAAAUAGUGAAGUUUGUAGUGCCAGAGAUAAUUCAGUAUGGUGUUCAAGAUUCGGUAAUAUUAGACUGUGACUAUACGUACGGGAACAGGACUCCAGGUCUUAUGGUGAAGUGGUUCUUCAGAAGCAAAACGAGACCAGUGUAUCAGUGGAUAGUGUCACAAAAGCCACAGGACAUAGGCAUUUUAAGGGGCCGUGUGGACUUAAAUUACAGAGCUUCAGAUGAUCCAUUAAAAAUGUAUAGAGCUCUUCGAAUAGUUAAAUUAGAUACGGACAUAUCUGGUGAAUAUAUUUGUGUAGUGUCUACGUUUUUAGAUGAAGAUGUUAAAAGCAAACACAUGACGGUUUUCGUGCCGGAGACGAGUUUCCGAUUAAUCCAAAACAAGACGGAUGAUGACACGGUCAACGUCAUCUGUGCAGCGGACGGAGCCUUCCCCGCACCAAACCUUACUAUAGCCACACCAGAGAAACAUCUACAAGGAGUGGACCACAAAGUGCAACUAGUCAAUGGGAGGUACUCAGCGGUAUCGUCCGUCACACUCAAUGAUGCAGACCUGCCGUCACCGGCAGAAUUCAUUUGUACACUAAGAAUACCACAGGCGAAGUAUGCCGUUAGAAAAGAAGCAAUUUAUUAUCCAGGUCCAAUAAGCACGACUCCUGAGAUGCCCACAGCAGCAGACAUGCAGUUAGCGGCAGCAGUCAGCUCGAGAGAGGCAAACUCCUUUAUGGCACUCACAAUGGCUUGUUUGACAGUACUUAUACGGCUUCUUGUCUCAUAA